GAGGUGCUCGGCGCGUGCACACAACCUGAGGAGAAAAGGCAGCUGAGGCUUGAGCAGUGAAACGGAGAAACUUCACACGAAAAGGUCAGAGAUCACCGCUGCUAUGAUGGAGCGCUCCAAACCGAGUCAAAGAGAAAGCGAAGCCGCGUCCAGCAACGACGCUGCCAUGAACGGACUUCUGGACGGGAUGGAGAAGAUGCCCAAGUGGAACGGCGCACCUAAAGAGACGCCCAAAGGUGAGAAGUCCAGCGGCACCCGCGCCCCGUGUUCGUCUGUGAUGGAGAGCUGGAGGGAAGAGCGCACUCGGAGCGUGGAGGACAACGAGAUGAGCCUGCCGGGUAUCGUCACCGCCUACACCACCAUCCUCAGGGGUCUGGGAGAAGAUCCGCAGAGACAAGGCCUGCUGAAGACGCCUUACCGGGCGGCCACGGCCAUGCAGUUCUUCACCAAGGGUUAUCAGGAGAAAAUCAUAGAUGUUCUGAACGACGCCAUUUUCGACGAAGACCACGAUGAGAUGGUGAUCGUGAAGGACAUCGACAUGUUCUCCAUGUGCGAGCACCACCUCGUCCCCAUCUUCGGCAGAGUCCACAUAGGCUACCUACCUAACAAGAGGGUUCUCGGCCUCAGCAAACUGGCAAGGAUCGUUGAGAUCUACAGCAGAAGGCUGCAAGUGCAGGAACGUCUCACCAAACAGAUCGCCGUCGCCAUCACCGAAGCUCUACAGCCCGCCGGAGUCGGAGUGGUCGUCGAGGCAACUCACAUGUGUAUGGUGAUGCGAGGCGUGCAGAAGAUGAACAGUAAAACAGUGACGAGCACUAUGCUGGGCGUUUUCCGCGAGGACCCCAAAACCAGAGACGAGUUCCUCACACUGAUCCGGAGCUGAGACGAGCCACGUGUGUAGAUCAGACAUCCUUCUCCGACACGUCCAUCCUUCACCAUCAUGUUGUUUCUGUACUGGCCUCGAAGGGGAGGUUGUGCUGCUGGCGAGUGUGUUCUCCCAGCACUUGCUUUCUCAGAGUGGGAGAUACCUCAGUUAAACCAUCCCUCCUAGUGUUUUUACGUGUGUGUGUGUGUGUGUGUGUGUGUGCGCGCUCAAGCGCACAGAGAUUUUGAGUGCUUUUUUUAUGAUUUUCAGGUGGUUAUAGGUCCACAGACUCAAAUUCUAAUAUAGCCGACAGUUUCCAUCACUGUAACAACAUCGUCAUAGCAACAAGUUUUUCGACAAAUGUGAAAACCCUUUUAGCCACUUUAUAUUUAUUCAGUUGCCAGAUGCAUUAUACCACCAUAAAUACCACUCGGUGUCCUAACCCUGACUCGCUGACAGACCUAGGAUGAUUUUAAACAUGGACGCUACCGCUGCCGUAUUUCUAUCCAAACGCGUGUGAUCUGACCCGCAUUAGAGCUGCAGUAUGUAACUUUUUUUUUUUUUUUUUUUUUUUUUUUUAAAAAAGGUGAAAUGAGUAGAAAUGUUCAGUCAGUGUGAAAAACAAACAAACAAACAAACAAACAAACAAACAAAAUCCAUGCACACACACACACACACACACGCACAAAAACUGUGUACUUUCGUUGCUGCAAGUCACCAUGGAAAACCUGAAAUAUUAAUUAGACCUGUCGGGUUGUAUUUCAUGAUUUUGGGUUGUGCUACCCCCUAAUACCUUAUACUCUGUAUGAAAAGAAAAACUCACAACCUAAUCGGAUUUAAGUGAGAGGAAAGUGAUGGAUGUUGGGGAUAAUGGGGGUGUAUUCCCAAACAAUGCUCUUCAUUUUGAAUUGUUGAUAAGAAUAAUAAACAAUUGAAUCAAAGUCAUAAGAUGUAGUAAAAGCAUAAAUAGAAUAUACACAUCACAUAGAAACUUAACACAUACAGGUACGAGAUUCUGAUUUAAACUGAUAGAUGCUGUGAUUCUGAUUGGUUUACACUGAUAGCGGUAAGAGAUUCUGAUUGGUUUAAACUGAUAGAAGUAAGAGAUUCUGAUUGGUUUAAACUGAUAGCGGUAAGAGAUUCUGAUUGGUUUAAACUGAUAGAGGUAAGAGAUUCUGAUUGGUUUAAACUGAUAGCGGUAAGAGAUUCUGAUUGGUUUAAACUGAUAGCGGUAAGAGAUUCUGAUUGGUUUAAACUGAUAGCGGUAAGAGAUUCUGAUUGGUUUAAACUGAUAGCGGUAAGAGAUUCUGAUUGGUUUAAAAUGAUAGAGGUAAGAGAUUCUGAUUGGUUUAAACUGAUAGCGGUAAGAGAUUCUGAUUGGUUUAAACUGAUAGAGGUAAGAGAUUCUGAUUGGUUUAAACUGAUAGAGGUAAGAGAUUCUGAUUGGUUUAAACUGAUAGCGGUAAGAGAUUCUGAUUGGUUUAAACUGAUAGCGGUAAGAGAUUCUGAUUGGUUUAAACUGAUAGCGGUAAGAGAUUCUGAUUGGUUUAAAAUGAUAGAGGUAAGAGAUUCUGAUUGGUUUAAACUGAUAGCGGUAAGAGAUUCUGAUUGGUUUAAACUGAUAGCGGUAAGAGAUUCUGAUUGGUUUAAACUGAGAGGUUGUUUCUUGCUUUAAUCUGAUGGCCUGAAAGAAUAAAUGGCCAUAAAUUUAAUCUGAACUUAAACACACGAAUUGUUUCUGUAAUUCACCCAUUUUUCAGGUAAACUUUUAAUCCCAGAUCCGUGUAUCCAAACUGUACUGUAACGUGUCACGUGUCGGUGUGUGAGGUGUGUAGUUCAGUCAUCAAAGUGUAUUAACUGUGUUCCGUGUACCUGAUGACCCACGCAUGAUCCACUCAGCACCACGUCGUGUCGUGUCCUGUCCGUGUGAGCGUGUUACUGUACCGAAGGCCGUCAGUCUUCUUCACUCCUCUGAUAUAGGACCAUCUUUUUCUUUUUUUCUUUUUUCUUUCUUUUCUUUCUCGCUGUUGUGUACGGACCAAAGUUUGAAGUUGCGGUUGAGAUAUGAAAAUGAUCUCAACUUUGAUAACGAUGUUGAUCGGUGUGAGCUUUUCCCUCUCACAGCGCCGGUGAUGCACGCGAUCGAAAUCCAAGCCUCAAAGAAAACAUAGUUUACUACUCAGAUAUUUAUAUACAUGUCAAAUGUUAAUAACGUCAAGAGAAAUUUCUAUUAACUCGUCAGUACACAUCAGGUUUAGAUGAUGUGUGUGUGUGUAUAUAUAUAUAUAUAUACACAAAAUAUAUGCUCUAUUUUAUUUUGAAUGUACCACCUAAAGUAAUUUGUUGUGUUUUCAUGUUUUGAAUGAUAUAUUCAGAAGAAUAUAUAUAUAUAUAUUAUAACUUUUGAGAUGUAUGGAUGUGGGUGUUUUUACGUAAACGUGAGUGAGAAAGCGAACACUUCACGUUAGUGUUCCAGUCCUGUUCAUGUGGCCUUCACAGGGACUCCCCCAGUCCUGAGUACACUUAAGUGUUCAUUUACAGCAAACUGAUGUUAAGUUCAUCAAAUAAAUUCUGUUUGAAAAUCGCUUGUAACCAUGCUGAAAGUUUUUGUUUUUAUUAGAAGAAGCAGAAAAACAUCCCGCGGCCAUCUUCGGAUAGUUCAGGAUUCUUUGCUUUCUGAAGGAUUUAUACUUGGAACCUAAGGAAUGGAACCCGAUGUGGUCUGCUGCUGCUCUAGUCCACCCCGCUCAACCUUUGAAGUCUAGUGCUUCCCGAGAUGCUUUUUCUGCACAUCGUGGUUGUAAAGCGUGGUGGAUAAUUUACCGAAGCCUUCCUGUUAGCGCAAACCCUCUGAUCUCGCUCGUCUACAAGAUGUUUCCACCCGCCCACAGAACUGGUGUGUACGCAGGUGUUCCUAUUAAAGUGGCCAGUAGUCGUA